AACAAAUAAUUCGUCUAUCCACAUUCUUACAUAUAUCUUACUAUACGUUAUACGAAAAAAACUUCAUGCGUAUAUCUCCCAAGUAAAAUUUCAAUGGGCAAAAACUUACUAAUAAAAAUUACAAUGGGCAAAUCUCCAAAUGAAAUGGGCGAUUGUCCAUUCGCUCCUCCCCCCCCUGGAUACGCCGCUGUAUCAUAACUGUUUAAAAGUUUCUUAUUCUUAUCAAAAAAACUAAUUUUCGUCUUCUAAAAUACGACUGAAUUGUGUUCUGGAAAACGGUUGAGGUUUCUUCAUUUCACAAAAAAAGCCUUUUAGCUAUUUUAAAAUCCCAAAGUAGUUCGGAGGUUUUCAAAUCACGAAUUUUCCUUCUAUACCUAACGGUUUCUCUGCUCUGUAUCUGCCUCAUCAUGCUCAAAUAGUUCACAGACAUAUAGCUCGCUGUCCUGAUGGUGAAUUUAGUGUCUUUCCUUUUUUUUCAACAUGAACACACAAGAUCUGUUUAUCAGAAAAUUAAAAGAAUAGGAAUUUGGAAGAAAAUAUCAUCCAUCACUAAAUCCAGACGAUGAAGAUUAAUUGACAUUUCUAUGACUACUAUUUCAAAUAUAAAAAACUCAAACACAAAAAGCACUUCAUUUUUAAACUAUUUUCUCGACUGAAGUGAGUACCAAAGUGUGUCUCGAAACGCGUCUCGUACUUUCUGUAAUUUGAUUAUCUAUCUGAGUACAUGUUUUUUCUUUUUCCUCUUCUGUUAAAAAACUUCAAAAAAAAUUAUACUCUACUCACACAUUUAAAAAUCGUUUUUCUCAACAAACUUUUCUUGUCAUUGUUAUUAUUAUCUGUUCUCUGUCGAUUGUUAUUUACCCAUAUCAUAAGCUGAAAUCAUAAAUAAUGUUUAUAAUUUAGUUUAAACUUUACAGAGAGAUAAUUUUAUUUUCAUAAAAGAUAUUGAAAGAUUAUUACUUUGUAUAGUAAAAGUAAAUAAAAAUAUUGGUAAAAUAUUAAAAAAAUAAUAAAAAUGUUCACAAAUAAUAAUCAAAUUUUUAAUUUUGAACAAAUCGAAUGUUUUAGAUCAGCAUACACCAUCUAUAUCGAAUCAUCUACAUAAGUCGAAUGUUUUAAUCGAAUACAUACUUUACCGAACGUUUUAAAAUAUUAAACUAACCAUCUCACUUUUGUGAUGCUCUCUAUAUUGUUCCUUCGUUUUCACGUAAUAUCUGUAUCAUAAUGUAAGCCUUUACGGUUUCCAUUUUAAUCCUCUCUUCUUGCAUAUUUUUUCCUUCUUUAUUUCUCGUUUUCCGUGCUUUUUAUCCAUAAUCGCUUAUAUCAUUUACCAUGUCAUUUUCUUCUGAUAUAAUGGUCUCGGUCUCAUCUAUGUAAAAUGACUGUCCAUCCUUAUUUCUCUUUCUUAAAUGGAUAAAGUUUAACUAACUCACUUUAAAAAAAGAAAUAAUACUUAUUUUUUUGAACAAGAUCUUUUAGGUUCAUUAUUUAUUUUAGAUUAAAAUUAAAAGUAGUUUGAUUACAGCUAAUCAACAAUUUUGAUGAUAUGAUGAUAAUGAGAUUGUAUAAUGCAGUAUAAGUUAAUAUUCUUUCACUCACUCAUUAGAUCUUGUGUUUAAAAUUGUAAGAAACAAUUAUUUGUUUCCUAUUUGCAAUUAUAAAAGUCAACAUUUACAAACCUAAGAUGCCUCUGGCAAACUUUUUUCCACUUGUUGAAAGCGAAUUAUAUUGAUGAACAAUUGUGACUGUUGAAUAGGAACAAUAGUGAACAGAGAAACAUACGAAUAAUCGUAAGUUCAUUCUAGUUUCCUCUAUACAUAGUAACUUUUACACAGAUGUAUAGUACAUGGAUCUUUUUUUAACAUUCGUUUACAUUUUCACUUGUGUAGAAUGAAUAUAUUAUUUUUUGAUGUAAUUAUGUUUCUUUGGAUGUAAAAAAACAACAAAGUUGGAGAGAAACUAAACAAACCGAUGAAAUAACAAGAUUCAAUUUCCAGUAGAACGAGUUGUUCAUAUAUUUCUUUUAGUAGGUUAUUUGUUUUUUGAUAGAAUUUGAAAAUUUUGAAGUUUUAUUCUAUUUUUAUUUUAAAGAAUAUUGAAGAGAAAGAAAUAUAUAUGCUAUAUAAAUCAAUAAUGAACAUAUAUGAUGAGUGGUUAUUAUAAAAUACGAAUGUGUAAAAAUUUUGCAUCAGUUAGAAAACAUUACUCCGUCUUUUCUGUUGGUUUACUAGGAAAGAAUAAUCUAUCGACCUACAGGUAUGCUUUUAAAAAAAUUGAUACCCUGAAAAAUGAUACCCUGAAAAAUGACUGCUGUACUAUCAAAAGUGUACACUGAUUACUUGUGAAAAUUCUAAGAGGUUUAUUCUAACAAAGAAAAUCUCAAAAAAGACUAAAGUUAGUAAACGAUCAGUUCAGAUCGAAGAUAUAGUAUAAAAUUUAAGCCAUUGAAUCAAGAUAUUUAGUUUUCACUUAACUCUCGAGUUUAUUUGAUCUUCAGAAAACAAGUAAAUAAUGGCAUCGAAUUUUACGUUCUUUUGCAAAUCGUGUAUGGAAAAAAACAACGAUGAUAAUGAAUCAACAGGCCAGUGUAAUCACUGCUGUAAGCCGUUAUGUUCCUCAUGUCUGGAUUCGCAUCUAUCAUCAUACAGUCAUUUGAAUAACCAAAUAACAAAAUGUAGAAAAGCGAAACAGUAUGCUAUUAAUGACUUUCAAAGCGAAUGUUUGAAAAAUGUCGACUCUUGUUUUAAUGAUUUAUUUAAUGAUUUAUAUUCGCUUCGUAAACAUUGUGUGAAAUUCGUUCGAGAACAAAUUCAAGUAAGAAGCUCGCAAAAAUUAAAUUUUCUAGAACUGGUUUAUUGACAAUCGUAACUUAAUGUAUAAUAGCAAUCUGUUGCAGCAAAGGAACGGUACAGCUGGAAUUGUACCAUGUUAGCCUCUAUUGAAACAAUAUGACCCGUAAACUAAACAAAUUAAUACUCUUUUGUUUUUCUAAUAUAGGAACUAUCGAACAAAAUACAAAAUGAUUUACCGAUUGUUAAUGAAAAUCAAUUAUGUUCAUUAAAUAAUACAGAUGAGUUCAAUAAAAAACUUUGUGAGAUGGAAGAAACUAUAGAAAAUAUGGCGUUACAAUUGAAAAUUGAAAUGACAUCAUAUCCACGUGAUUUACUGAAAAUCAAACUUAAUUUUAAAUCUCAUGUAAAGGAUGCAAAAGUGGAAUCUCUUGAUUAUAGACUUAAAAAAUCCGAAUUAGAACCAAAAGUUAGCACAUAUUAUUGCUCUUAUAAUAAUGCGAAUCCAUUUGACAACAACGAUAACGACAACGACAAUGUCGAGACAGUGUAUAAAGACUGUUCAAGAGAGAAAGAAACUCAAACUGAAUUCGAAACAGAAAAAAGAGACGAUAUGCCGAAAAUUUUAGUUGAAAAUUUUUCAAGAACAAUUUCUUUAUCGUCUUCAUCAAAUUCUAAGAAUGGUGAUCAUAAUUCAUCAAACUAUUCAACAAUUAAUUCGAGCGCAUUUAAAUCGCAUGAAAGCAUUUUUGUUCAUAAUUCAAUUGAUAUUUUAACGAGUGAUGGAUGGAAUAUUUUAUCCUAUUCAAAAAAUAGUAAUAUUCUUUGUUAUAUACCGUAUCAAAGUCAAUCGGAAAUUAUGUAUGACUGGCGUCAUUCAGAAGUAUUUGAUAUGUGUUGGAGUGAACAACGUAAAGAAUUUUUAUGUGCAACGGAACAAUCCUUAUAUUGUGUUAAAUUAGGACAUACAAUAAAAAUAUAUGAAUGUAAAACAUUAUUAAUGAAUUAUAUUUGUCGUAUUUCAAUCGAUAAUGCUGGUUAUAUCUGGAUUUUAUCAGAUCAAGUAAUGACUAUAUAUAGUUCGUCACUCAAACCAAUGAAAACAUAUUACCUUAAAUCAUUUCCACAAUUUAAUCCAAAAUGGACAAGUUUUUGUAUUAGUAAUAAUUUGAUAGCUAUUGUUUUUUCACGAUCAAAAUAUGAUCCGUUUCAUGUUAAAUUUUAUGAUUUAGAUUUUAACUUAUUACAGAAAAUUUUUCUGAAACGAUUCAAUUCUAAAGAAGCUGAAAUACGUUGUGAUAAAAAUAUGAAUUUCUUUAUAACAACGGGAAAAUGUCGCAAAUUAUAUGUUAUUAAUUAUGAAAAUUAUUCAAGAAAUGUUUGGUUUGUUAAACUGAAAGGUGAUGCAAAUUCAGUAGCAAUACUCGAUGAUGGAACAGCGAUAAUAGCUAAUGGUAGCAAUAGACUAGAAUUAGUUUACGAUUAA